AUGGCGUCGGGUGCCAUUUCAACAGAGUCCAAGAAAAUAUCAGAAUUAAGGGUUGUUGAUCUUAAAUCCGAGCUCAAGCGAAGGAAUUUGGACACUUCUGGUGUAAAGAGCGUUCUUCUUGCAAGACUGAGACAGGCUGUUGAGGAUGAAGGUGGUGACCCAGAAAACUUUCAAAUCCAGCUUUCAAGUGAUGCAUCACCUCGUAAAGGUGGAAAAGCUAAAGGGAAAAAAAAUGACUCAGAUGCAGACACCACAGUGGAAGAAGAUGUGUUUUCUAAGGAAACUGAAGAGUACGAGUCAGAAAAAGAUGUAACUGAUACAGAUGAUGGUACUCGUGAAAAUUCUAAGCCUGCACCCUGUGAGGACAGCCUCACUCAGCCUGAGGCUGAGUCCCUGGCUGAGGCUGAACCAGAGUCAGAAGCUGUGGCGGCUGAGGCUGAUUCAGAGCCUGAGCCAGAGAUCGAUGCCGACGCUGAGCCCGAGGUGGAUGAGGACGCUGACCCAGAGAUGGAUGGGGAGGCUGAGCCAGAGGUGGACACCGAACUGGCUGAGAUGGACGCUGAAGCCAUGAAUUCCUCUAAAGAAGCUGAGGAUGAUCACCUGUCCGUCUCGAUCCAAAAUGAAGAUGCCAUCACCCUAGAUGUUGAUGGUGACGAUCUCCUGGAAACAGGUAAACAUGUGAAACUUCCAGAUCCAGAUGCCGAGAAGGGCACUGAUGAGCCAGAGGCCUCUGCUGAGACGGGCCCAGAUGAUGACAUGAAGGCACAAGAGACAGAGGGCCACAAAGAUGGUAAGAAAGAUGAUGGAUCCAGGUGUGAGCCCACGAAGAAAGACAGCAGAGACUCCUUGAAGAAAGCUGAAACGGAUAAAGAAAAGGAUUCUGGGAAGAAAGGCCCCUCCUCUACUGGGGCAUCAGGUCAAGCAAAGAGCUCUUCAAGAGACAGAGACGGAAAAGCUGCAAAGGAUGAGAAAGGAGUCGUCAGCGGCAGCAGCAACAACAGUUCCUCUCGUAAUAUAUGGGUGAGCGGCCUGUCCUCGAACACCAAAGCAGCUGAUCUAAAGAACCUGUUCGGCAAAUAUGGGAAGGUUUUAAGUGCCAAGGUGGUUACAAAUGCUCGUAGCCCUGGUUCAAAAUGCUACGGCUUGGUGACCAUGUCUUCUAGUACAGAGGUGACACGGUGCGUCUCCCACCUCGACUGCACAGAGCUCCAUGGGCAGCAAAUAUAUGUUGAAAGGGCCAAAAAUGAUCCGUUCAAAAAAGAACCCUCAAAGAAAGAAGCAGAGGACAAAUCAGGUUCCAGCAAAUCAAGUGACAAGCGCAGUUCCACAGGGAUGAAAUGGACUAACAAAGCACAGCCAUUGUACAAAAAAGAAGACAAGAAAUCAGAUAAACUUACAGAAAAGGACAACAAGGAUUUAUCAAAGAAGCAGGAGGCCAAAAGCGGAAAAUCUGAGUCCGUUUCAUCUAACUCAGGACAAGAUUCUUUGAAGAAAGAUGACAGAAAGCAUGGGCGGACAAAGAGCCCUGGCAAGAUGGUGGUGGUAGAUCAUGCCAAAGGAGAUUCUAACUUUGGUAAAAUGAGACCUUUCAGAAGGGGGAGGUAUUUUGAUAAGCCUGCUGUCAAUAUGAAUGUUCAAAGGCGUCCAAAAUGGUUGAUUCCUCCAGAAGAGUUAGAGAUGAUAAAAGAGAAACAGCGAGCUUUCACUAACAAGGGGGAAGACAAGGACAUCCUGCCUUUUGAGAAGAUGAAGGAGCAGAGGAUGCGUGAGCGGAUGGCUCGUCUGGAGCGCGUCCGUAGAGCCGUAGAGUUGCGCAGACGCCGUGAAAUUGCAGAACGAGAUCGAAGGGAGCGUGAGCGUGUCCGUCUGCUGCGGGAGCGUGAGGAACGUGAAAACCUGCUCAGGGAGCGCCAGAGACUGGAGAUGGAAAGACAAAAACUGGAAAGGGAGCGCUUGGAGAGAGAGAGGCUUGAGAGAGAGAGAAUCCGUAUAGAGCAGGAACGGCGUAAAGAGGCUGAGCGCAUGGCCCGGGAACGUGAGGAGCUGCGGAGGCAGCAGGAGCAGCUCCGCUAUGAGCAAGAAAAGAGAAACAACCUCAAAAGAGGCCGUGAAGUGGAACACAGUCGGAGAGAUGAUCCCUACUGGAAUGGCAACAAGAAGAUGCAGCCUGAGUCUGAUGUCCGUUUGAACCAAGGCUCGAACUAUAACCGGCAGCAGAACCGCUUUUCAAACUUCAGUCCCCGAGAGAGGGGUCGUUUUCCUGAGGCCGCUGUUGAGCAGCCCAACACGUAUGACAGACGUACCCGAUUUGAUGGCGAGCCUGAGGUGAAAAAAAGCCGCCCUGCUCCUCACAGGGAGGGCUCCGGCUUUGAGCGCUACCCCAAGAACUUUGAAACGGUCCGCAGAGCUGAGCCACCGCCUCCCCCACGCACCGAACUCCGGGACACCGACCGCAGGGACAGAGAUGAGAGACGACCUGUGCCCAUGCAUGAUCGUCCCAUUGGAGCCAGAGCUACAAUGCCCAGCAUGUCACACAACCGCUCACCCAGGGAUGGAGGGCAUGGAUGGAAGAACGAUGGAGGGAUGAACUCAAACAAAGGAGAUAUACGCGCACCUAUGCGAAUGCGUGCUGAGCGAUCCGCCAGAGAGGGUCCGGGCCCUGCACUCAGGGGAGGCUCCUCGGCCAGCCGUGGAAGAAACAACUUCAAUGCUCGAGAUGGAGGAAGACCCAUGGUGAUGAGUGAUCAGCCAUUCAGCUCCAGCCGCCAGGUCGUGGUCGAGCGUCACAGCAGGGAGCAGGGACUGAGGAAGGACUGGCACGGUGGGUCAAGCUCCCAGAGCAGAGGUUUCCCUGACAAUCGCAGGAUAGGAGACACCCGGGGCAGCAUGAUGGCUCCCUCCAGUCAUCUUAGACUUGGACUUUGUCCCUCUGCAGUCACUCUUCAUCUGGAAUGAACCGAAUUGUACAGAUCACCAGCAACUCCAUUCCCAGUGGUGGCAACGUGGGUGGAUUCAAGCCCUUCAAAGGAACACAGCGGCAGUUCUAACUGCAGCCAAAAUUUUGCCACUUUAAAGCACCUGGAAAUUUUCAGAACUCUUUAUUUUUAGAAUAUCAACUGUUUUAGGUGGCACAUUUGUAGCCAUGAGGUUGAUAACACUAUUUUAUUUUGUAUAGACAAAGUGUUUACCUCAGUGUAGGGUUUUCCUGACAGUUCUGCUGUUACAAUUACACAACCCUGUGCACAUGUUUUACUUAUAUUUAGGAAGCUAUUGUACAGCCCUAGGUCUUUGUAAGUAAAGUUUUCAAGUGGUGUUACCAACUUCUCUAAUUGAGUGUUGUAUGUACAUUUUCAAUAGCUCAGUGGCACUCGGUUUUCCUGUGUAAUAUGUCUUAUUUUAGUGUAUUAUAGAGCUCAUUAAGUGAUGGAUCGUUCACUCAUUUGGAUUUUUCUCUGUUGGGAAAACAUUCAAUUUUUUUUUUUUUUUUUUUUGGAAAGUCAUACUUGAUGUUGAUAUUUUUGGACAGAUUAGUUGGAUUUGCUAAAGGAACA